AUGUUUUCAGGAGAACACAACACAUCAGAGGCAUCCAGCAGCUCUAACGAGCAGAAGGUAGCAGUUCCCGACAGCCCUCCGUCGCAGACCGUUCAUAUGCCCCCCGCGGUUACGUCAAAUCCGAAUUCGACCCUCGUCACCCGCAUCGAGCGCUUCGCUGUCCGUGUGCCGGACUGGUACGUCGCUCCAUUUUGCGGGGCCAGUGCAGGUGUAGCUUCAGGGAUUGUGACAUGUCCGCUCGAUGUGAUCAAGACGAAGCUCCAGGCCCAGGGAGGUUUCGUGCGGCGAGGGAAGUUAAUAGAGGCGAGCACAUUAUACCGAGGCAUGCUGGGCACUGGGAGGGUAAUUUGGAGAGAAGAUGGUAUUCGAGGCCUUUACCAGGGCCUAGGUCCAAUGCUUUUAGGUUAUCUGCCUACAUGGGCGGUAUACCUAGCAGUUUAUGACCGUUCACGAGAAUACUUUUAUGAGACUACUGAUAAUUGGUGGUUAUCGAGAGGAUACGCCUCUAUAACAGCGGGAGCAUGUUCUACCAUUGCUACCAACCCCAUCUGGGUAAUCAAGACACGGCUUAUGUCCCAGAGCCUAAGGGCCACUACAGAGGGAUUUCGAGCCCCUUGGCAGUACAGCGGCACGUGGGACGCAGCCCGCAAGAUGUACAUGACUGAGGGGUUUCUUUCAUUUUAUUCAGGCUUGACACCGGCUUUGCUGGGGCUGGCGCACGUUGCUAUCCAAUUCCCUCUUUAUGAAUACCUGAAAAUGGCAUUUACCGGCUACAGUAUUGGAGAACACCCUGAUACCGGAAGUUCCCACUGGGUUGGAAUCGGUUGCGCAACAUUUCUGAGUAAGAUAUGUGCUAGCACUGUCACAUACCCGCAUGAGGUACUACGGACGAGACUCCAAACACAGCAAAGGACCCAACCGUCUCCUUCACCCGAGGAGAUUGCAUUCCGGGGAGGGUUGGGAGGCAUGGAUCCCGCGCGAGGUGCAGGGGCGUCAUCAUCCGACGGCAUGCCCAACAAACCUCGUUAUUCGGGGAUUAUCCGUACAUGCCAAACGAUUCUACAGGAGGAAGGGUGGCGGGCGUUCUACUCGGGUAUCGGAACCAAUCUGUUUCGAGCUGUUCCCGCUGCCAUGACCACAAUGCUCACGUAUGAGUAUCUCCGAAAGCUCAUCGGACACAUGAAACAUGAGGGAGCAGCGAAGCUCCGAAUGGAGGAGGAACAAAACCCCCCAAGAGCAAUCUAG